UACACUUUAAUACAAUUUUGCGAUUGUUUAUGAAUUUUCGAUCGAUAUCUUGUCAAACGCAAGUCGAUGUACGUAAUCGUUAUUAAGUUAUUAAGAUAUGCAAGCAAGAAUUUCACGAUUAUUGUUAAUCUGUUAGAUGGUAAAACGGAAGAUAUACGCGUAUAUGCGUACGAGAGAAAAUGGUUUGUUGGCCGAUUGCCGAGAAGCUAAAAGAGUAUAUUCGAGGAUAUAGAAUGAUGAAGCAGGCAGCCGAUGAUACGAAACGCGAAAAAUCAAAAUUCAAGAAAAAAUAUUGAAUUUUAAUCCGUAUUUACAGAUAAACGCCUUUUUCCUUAAGUAAUUACUUACCGAUUAUUCUCUUUCUCUCAAGUUGCGUACUUGAAAUCGUGAUAUCGGUGAAAAAUGAAACGCACGAAUCAAUGUCACUGUCGAUGUUGUUAAAAGUAAGAAGGCAUGUCUAUUACCGCGAAACAGAUUUAUCCGACGGAAGCUGUGCGCGCCAGAGUUGCAGUUAUUUUCGCAGCAUGAGUGCAGUGGAGAGCAGAAAUCGACUUGACGUACCAUCGCGUUUUUAAAUUUUCGAUUACAAGUUUUUGAUUAUAACAGCGGUCCAAAAAACAACAGUGUACGUGCCAAUAACGAGAUUCGUUAGAUAAGAUGAUGAUGUACAAGCAAGCCGAGUUCGAGGACGAAGAUAGCAGUAGCAUCGGUUCCGUGGCUUUGAACAGCGAGGGCAUUAGCACAUCGGCCACGCAUAUACGAUACAAUUCGGGGAUCUCGCUGUGGAGAGCGAGAAGCGCUCUCGAGAGAUGUCUUUUCAUCGUUUGCGCGGGCCUCCUGUUGAUGGUGAUGAUGCUCUCUAUAGUGAUCAGCAGCAAGAACGGUUGGGACGAAGCACAGAUACUUCACGUUACUUCCCAUGGAGAAAAUGGUACACAUUGUUUAACCGAGCACUGCAUCACGAUAGCCGCUUCCAUUAUAAACAGCAUAGAUCGUUCGGUCGAUCCAUGCGACGAUUUUUACGAAUACGCGUGCGGCGGUUGGAUCAAGAAGAAUCCUAUACCGGAUGGGAACAGCAUGUGGGGAACGUUCGACAAGUUCGAGCAAGAAAAUCAGCUAAUUGUGAAAAAUGUCCUUGAGAAACCAUUGGUCGAGAUGAAAUCAAAGGCCGAGAAAAAAGCAAAGUAUUAUUUUCUCUCGUGUAUGGACGCGAACGAUACGAUCGAAACGCUCGGUGCGAAACCGAUGUUGGACUUGUUGGAUACUAUCGGUGGAUGGAACGUUUCUGGCAAAUUCAAUAUAAGCGAAUGGUCUUUGCAGAACAGUAUGCAUAUUCUGCAAAAUGUUUACAACAUGGAUGGUUUAUUUACAUGGGCGGUAAACGAAGAUGAUCGAAAUAGUAGCAGACACAUUAUACAAAUCGAUCAGGGAGGUUUAACGCUGCCAACCGUUGACGAUUAUCUCAACAUCACCGAACACGGUAAAGUGUUGGCUGCUUAUUUGGAAUACAUGACAAAGAUCGGCGAGCUGUUAGGCGGAGAGAAGAACUCGACGAGGAAACAGAUGCAGGAUGUGAUACAGUUCGAAACGAAAUUAGCGCGGAUCAUGACGUUACCCGAGAAUCGUCGGGAUAAAGAGAAGCUUUACAAUUUGAUGUCGUUGAACGAACUUCAACGUAAAGCUCCUUUCAUGUCGUGGGUAGACUAUUUUAAAAAUGCGACGCGCAUCAUUAACAAGAAGAUCAACGACAAGAUGAUGAUCGUGAACUUUGCCCCGGAAUAUUUUAUCAAAUUGUCCGACCUGGUAUUAGACUACAACAAAACGAACGAAGGAAAAGUGGUACUGAAUAAUUAUCUGGUUUGGCAAACGGUGAAAUCUCUAACCACCUGCCUGUCGAAACCGUUUCGCGACGCUUACAAGGGCCUGAGGAAAGCUUUGAUCGGUUUGGAAGGCCAGGAGCAGCAAUGGCGUUAUUGCGUCAGCGAUACGCAUAACGCGAUGGGUUUUGCGAUCGGUGCCAUGUUCGUUAGAGAAGUUUUCCAUGGAAAGAGCAAACCCAUGGCGGAGAAGAUGAUCGACCAAAUACGAAAAGCUUUCACCAAGAAUUUGAAGAAUCUGGAUUGGAUGGAUCCGAAAACGAGACGGGCAGCCGAGGAGAAAGCGAACGCGAUUACCGACAUGGUCGGUUUCCCCAAUUUUAUCUUGAACCCGAACGAGCUCGACGAGCGUUACAAGGAUCUGACGAUCAAUCAAAACGAGUAUUUUCAAAAUAACAUACGGGUGAACAAGUAUAAUUUACGAAAGAAUUUAGAAAAGUUGGAUCAACCUGUGAACAAGACUACGUGGAUCAUGACACCGCCAACGGUCAACGCUUAUUACUGGCCAACGAAAAAUCAAAUGGUUUUUCCCGCUGGUAUCCUUCAGAGCCCGUUCUACGAUAUGGAAAAUCCAAACAGUUUGAAUUACGGUGGUAUAGGAGUCGUGAUGGGACACGAAUUGACUCACGCGUUCGACGAUCAGGGAAGAGAGUACGAUUUGCACGGAAACUUGAAUCAUUGGUGGAACAAUGCCACGAUAGAGAGAUUCAAAAAUAGAACGGAGUGCUUCGUCGAGCAGUACAGUAAUUUCGAGAUAAAUGGCCGACAUGUGAACGGAUUGCAGACAUUGGGGGAAAAUAUCGCGGAUAACGGUGGUCUCAAAGCAGCGUAUCACGCGUAUCUCUCGAUCCCAAAAAGCUACAAAGAUCAGCUACCCUUGCCAGGUCUUAAUUUGACGCAUCGACAAUUGUUCUUUCUGAAUUUUGCUCAGGUUUGGUGUUCCGCCAUAAUGUCCGAGGCGGUAGCCCUUCAAAUCGAGAAAGACGCUCAUUGCCCAUCGAAAUUCAGAGUGAUAGGAUCACUAUCGAAUCUACCAGAAUUCGCUACGGAAUUCAAUUGUCCCGAAGGCUCGCGGAUGAAUCCGGUUCACAAGUGCGAAGUGUGGUAAUGCAUCUCGUUUUCCUAGAAAAUCCUUUGUCCGAUGAUUGUCGAUGCAAAAAA